ACGUCUCUGUGGGGAACAGGCUGACAGAAGAGAGAACAGAGAAGUGGACUAUACGCCUACACGGUUAUCUGGUUUGUGAGGAGCCGACACAGAACAGGCUCGUAACUGGACUCGAGGAAUAGAGAAGGUGUAUUCGACCUGAAAAGGAUUAUAAACUUAUGUUUUUGCUUUACAAUUCAAACACCAGCUGACCUAAAAAAAGAAAAAAAAGAAGGGUGUGGAGGGGGUUGACUGCUCCCUUACCAGUCCUGGAGUUGGCUGCGCUUGCUGCUGUCACCGUGUGUGUUGUUAAGGAUGGUCCAGUCUCAGGGUCAUUUAUUCUGAUUUAUUUAUUUAUUUUUUGAUAGACCCUAGUUUUGAUUGAUCACAGCAGAAUCUGUCUUUUGCGCUCUGCUCCUUUCUCCGGAUUACUCCACUUUUGGAGAACUUUUACGCACGGCCGUUCGCGUGUUUGGAUCACUCGGCACAUCGCUAUCACAAAGUAUUUCGAAACUCUUUGUACAUUUCAGGCUGCACACUUGUCUAUUUCUCAAGCGAAUCGUCGGUGUCACAUCUCGUUCCUUGGCAGCACCCAUAAUAGCCACACAGAUCGCUCGGCUCGUCUCGCAGACUGACACCCGUGCGUCACGGGGGCCGUGUAGAGUUUUUUUCUCCAUCUCUUUUUUUGGGGAGCUUUCGGGGAGCUUCUCGAGUCUGGACGAAAGAAAAGCCAUUCCGAGACUCGGUGUGAAAUGCUGCCCCUGUCCCCUCUGCUGCUCCUCGUGUUGCCCGCGGCGAUCUUCGUGGCGGCGCAGGGCGCCGGGGACCUCCAGGGCGUCAGCCUCCACAGCGGGGCCGCGGGCUUCGACCCCUCGGACCCCUGCAUGGUGGUGUCUCCGCCGUGUAUGAGCGAGGCAGAUCGCUACAGCCUGGAGGCCCUGCAGAGCAUACAUCAUGUGAUGGAUGAUGACCAGGACGGAGGAAUUGAGGUGGAGGAGAGUGUGGAGUUCAUCAUUGAAGACAUGAAGCAGCAGCAGACCAACAAACACAGCAACCUGCACAGAGAAGAUCAACACAUCACCAUUGAGGAGCUCUGGAGGGGCUGGAAGUCAUCUGAAGUCCAUAACUGGACUCAAGAUGAGGUGCUUCGCUGGCUGAAGGAGUUUGUUGAGUUGCCACAGUAUGAGAGAAACUUCAAAGACUUUAAGGUCAACGGAAACACUCUCCCCAGGAUUGCAGCUAAUGAGCCCUCUUUCCUGAGUGUCCAGCUGAGGGUCCAGGACCAGAGGGACAAACAGAAGCUCAACAUCAAAGCUCUGGACGUGGUGCUGUUUGGGUCGCCUACACGUCCUCAUAAUUACAUGAAGGACCUGCUGCUAAUUGUGUCAGUGGUGAUGGGAGUUGGAGGCUGCUGGUUUGCCACGGCCCAGAACAAAGCCAGUAAAGUUCACAUCUCCAAGAUGAUGAAAGAUUUGGAAAGUCUUCAGACAGCUGAACAGAGCCUCAUAGAUCUACAGGAACAGCUAAUGCGAGCCCAGGAAGAGAAGCGUAACGUUGCGGAGGAGAAGCAGAACCUGGAGGUGAAGAUGAGGGACGAGAUCAUGGGAGCUCAGUGGGAGGCUCAUCGUUUGCAUGAGCUGAGGCAGGGAGCAGUCACAGAACUCAGCCGCCUGCGGUAUGCAGAGGAAGAGCUGGUACAGGUCCGUGGGGCACUGAAGCAGGUGGAGAAGGACAUGCAGGCAAGCUGGACUUCCUCAGAGGUUCUCCAGCAGUGGCUCCAGCUGACACAUGAGGUGGAGGUCCAGUACUACAAUGUCAAGAAGCAGAGUGCAGUACAACAACUAGCUACGGCCAAGGAAGAGGCAGAGAAGAUUAAGAAGAAGAGGAGUUCUGUUCUGGGGACUCUGCAUGUUGCCCACAGCUCCUCUCUAGACCAGGUCGACCACAAGAUCCUGCAAGCAAAGAAUGCCUUGUCUGAAGUAACGGCCUGCCUGCGGGAGCGCCUCCAUCGCUGGCAGCAGAUUGAGCGCCUCUGCGGCUUCCCUCUGAUCAGGAACUCUGGUCUCGCAAACCUCACUGCAAAGCUCUACUCAGACUCCAUUGCCCUGGCGCUGCCCAGAGUGCCCCAGCAAUCUUGUUCGUGCCAUAGCUCCGUGCAUGGAUCCAUAGAGGAUCUGUUAGAAGAAUCCCCUCCUCCUAUCUUACCACAGAUGCCAGUUCCAGUUCCACCACUGAAGCGUUCUCCUCGAACACAGGGAUCCACCAUAUGUCGGCCACGUCGUUCUGGUGUCGUUACUCAGCCGUCGUCUGCCAUGAUCUCUUCUGACCCUGACCUUCUCAUCCCCAUCCGGGCCCCUUACUCUUGCUUUGAUGAGGAAGAAAACUUUCUCCUGAAAACUCUAAAGAAACAAGACUCCCAAGAGCUCUUCUCAGACACAGAGUAUAUGACUUCACCUCCUCUCAGCAAAAUGUUCCAUAGUCCAACUGUUGAUGCUUCCACUCAAAAGCUCUAUCAUGAUGAAACUGAGCAACCUCCGGAACCCUCCAUUGCAAAUCCUUUGAGUAAAGAAGUAGAAGCUGUUGUUCCACUUCACAAAAUGUCCACAGAAGAGCUUGAUGUUUCUUUAGAUGUUGCCUGCAGGAAGAUGACAAAAGACAAAUUGCUGGAUACCUCUUUGGAAACCCAUUAUUUGAAGAUGUCUAAAGACGAGUCUUUUAUAGAGCCUACAUCAAGGAAAAUAUCUGGGGACUGGAUGGAAGUUCCCAUGGAUGUCACAGUUAGAAAGGGGCUUUCUUGUGAGUUGGAUGCAGAAUUUCCAUCCAGGAAAUUAGAGAGAGAUAUGAUGGGGGAUUUGAUGGACACCUCCUCAAGGAAUAUAUACAGAGAAGUAAGUGAUUUACCACUGGACGUGAGGAAGAUUCUUUGGCAUGAAUUAGAAGUAUCAACAGAUCAACAGGCACCAAGGAAGAUAUCUAGAGAUAUGAUGGAAGCUUCAUUUGACAGUACCUCAAGGAAGAUAGGACGAGACGAUGCUGAGCAUCGGUCUGACUCAGUGUCCAGAAGAAUAACAAGAGAUUCCAUGGGUAUUUCCCUAGACACAGGUUCUAGAAAACUAACACGGAAUAAAGGAGAAUGCCAGCUUGAUUCCUCAGUGAGGGCACUAGCAAUGGACAAAAUGGUUGAGACCACUAGAGCACCACGAAGGAUCUCUAGAGAUGAGAUGGAGCAUAGUACAGAUACUGCUUCCUUAAAGAUGCUACCCAGAGAUACAUUUGAUGCACUUAUGGAUACCUCACCUUCAACAGAGAGGCAAGAAUUUGGUUUAGAGCCAUCAGCAAACAGGAGGAUGCUGAGAGAUGAACUUGAGUCAUCCGCUGGUUCGCUCAGGAGGAGAAUACCCAGAAUGCCAAGAGAUGACAGUUCCAUGGACAAUCCCACAGGAAAAAUCUGGGAUACGGUCGAUGUUCCAGCAGAAAUGCCUAAACAAGCAGCACUGAAGGAGGAGUUUGGAGCCUCGGAAUCAAAUUCAUCCCCAGGUCGAUUUGGACAGCCAGACCUUAUGGUAACCUCCCAGGUGCCGUGGACAUCAUCCGACCUUUUCCCCGUUGGCCCACUGAGUCAGCUUGUGUACGAUGGAAUCCUUGAGAAGGCCUGCAACUCCUCAACACCUAACCUACCUCAGAGCAGGCCGCCAGCAGAGGUGGAGCCCCCUCUGCCACCACCAAGGGUUGCCAUUCCCUCCCUCACGUCCCCUCCUGAGGCUAGAGAGCAGAAGAACAAGGAUAGAGAAAAGAGCAGGAAAUCCCUGAAGCUUAAAAAUCUUUUUAAAAAGAAAAAUGAGUCCACUCCAGAGAAGCCUCCAAGUGGUCUUCAAAAACUCUGACAAUCAGUUGAAAAACGUUUUCUUUAUUUUAUUGAAUCAGAAAAUGGAGUUUCAGAAACCAUUUGAAGAUAUCAGGUAGCACUUUAAUAGAGCACAAUCUUACUUAAAGCUGGACAAAGUCAGAGGUGUCUGGAUUAUCAAUGUGAAUUUAGAGAAACAAAUAAUAUUGAGGUUUCCAUUCUCUGAAUUUUGUGACACAGAGAAUCAUGUACACGUACAGUAUGUCAAAUGCUGCCUGUGUGUAGAUGAGGGAACAUUUCGUCACAUACAUCAGUUGCAUAUAAGGAGAUCAAUAAGACACUUAGCAACACGUUUUUGCAUAACUAACUUUGUAUUUGAAGAUGAUUACUUUAAUUAAGUCUUACACACAUAUAUGGUUGACACCAUAUAUUAUUGUAGAUGUGUGAUUUUUUUGUUCAUGCUUUGCCAAUGGCUCAACGAUUAAGCAAUGUUUAAACAGCUGCUGCUCUUCUGUAUAACAGAGGCAAUGCUUGAUUUCAGUUUUAACCUUCAAUGAAGAUGUUUACUGCACUAGAAUUAAAGCAUUCUGGUAUGAGAGAAAUUUGGUUAACAUUAGGGAGGUCUCGAUAACAGUGUUCCCCCUUGAUCUUGAUUUGAGCUGCUCACUGUACACAUCAAAUUAAUAAAAGGGAAUUAAGUGGAAGGGCCAGAAAAGCUUUUUUUGGUCCUUCAUUUUAUUGUUGCUUGAUCUUCAUAGGAUUUGAAACCAAGUUUCAAAAACGGAACCUGCUUGUGACUGGUCAACGAGCCAGCCAGUAAGUCACUAAGUCAUAGAGACAGUCAUUCCUUUUCAGGGUUAUGGGGCAGGCCCUGUUGUCGUGCCCAAGCCAAAUACAAAAGAAAAAAGAAGGAUGAGCUGGAUCUAAGAGAGGAAUAGAACCAUCAGAUCUGGCUCCCUUCAAAGAGCCAAAUCUCUGAAAUAGAAAGUAAUAAUUGUAUUACAUUGUUCUCUGAAUCACAUGCUCUCAUAACUGAAACUGCUGGUUGCUGUUUUUUUUAUUUGUGUGUACUACAAUUCACUUGCUGCUACCUUGGUACCAGUAUGCUGGGAGUGUUUUUUUUAAUUAAUUCCAGUGGGACAUUUUUGACAAUUGGUGUACACACCAGCCUACAUAUUUGUGAAUUUAAUUUUAGCUUAACAUAGCUAAUACUGACCCUUAAAAAAAUGAUCAGUCCUGAUCCUGUGUAUCUGAGGUGUCACCCAGUUUUCAUUGUAAAUUGUUCAUCCUGGAUAUGCUAAAUUCUCAACACUUUCACUAAAUGUGAAAAUACUAAAGGUGUUUUCUUUUUUCAUGAGUGAAUUUAAAUGCAUAUUUGAAUGCUAAAAUUGUUUAUGUUUAUUCAUGUUUAUUUUACCGUUUACAGGCAUAGCAGCCUAUGAUGACUAUUUAAUAAAAACAAUUAAUUAUAAAUUCUUUUAGCUUUUAAUUGAUUAAGAAUUGGUUAUUGGAAUAUGUUUAUGGAGUAUUGGAAUAUGAUUUUUUGUCUUACAUUAAUAGUGUCAAGUACCAGGAAUAUAUGAAUACAAAUGUUUCCCCUUGUCUUAGAUGAGGAUAUCUGCUAUAUUCUGCUGUAUAUUGGUAUAAAAAUAUGAUUUAUAGUUCUGUUAUUUUCUGAUCAAAUAACAACUGAUGAUUGAGGAAAUAAACAAGGUGAAAUUAGGUAAUGUUGUGCACUCUUGUAAAGAUAAAAACAACCUAAAUAUUGCCAGUCUUUAAAUUAUUUAAAUACUUUGUGAAAGAAAUGUGAAAUGUUGUAUUGCAGUUUAGAGAUUGUCAAUAUUCCUGAUAGAUUAUCAGUUGAAAAACAGAACCUUCAUGCUCAGUCACAAGGAAACUUUGAUGAGCAAUGUUUUUGUUUGUUUUUUAACUGUAGAAAUUACUAUUUUAUUAGACUCCUUGAAUAGAACAGACACCUCCGUUCUUUCCACUGAUUUGCCAGCAACAGUUUUAUUCAUGUAAAAUAUUAUGAAUGACCCCAUGUAAGGGAAAUGUCAACAAUAUAUCUCACCUACAGUUCAGAGACUGUUCAUUUGCUUGCAUCAGAAUAGCUUCCAUUUAUAAUUGUAGAUUUAUAAGCACCAGGACAUUUCAGAGGCCCAGGUUAUGGUAAUGUUUUGUUAGUGUGCUUGCAUUUUCCAUAGAAAAAAAAUAAAUAUUUAAUAAUAUUAUUAAAUAAUAAUUAUUUAAUGAUCUGAAUCAUAAUUUCCCACGUAAUGUUAUGCUUUUGAAAUAAACUGAAAUUACGCUGUAUACUAAUUAGGAAAGGCUUUUAUUACUUUGGACAGUUUUUUUUUAUUAAGAUACAGUUUUUAUGUAUAAAAACGUCAUAAUAGUAACAUAAUUAGAGAUCUUCAUAAUACAAUUCAAGUAUAGAUAUAGUAGUUAUGUUGUGUGUAAAACGGUAGUAUUAAUUGCUAUUAAGGUUUAUCAGUAUCACUAAAAUUUUCUGAUGCUAGGCCAUGGAUGACUGACAAAAUACAGUGAUACUGUACUGAUUCUAAUCUUUUUAUGCAUAUGUGUAUUUUUUUUGUUUUCAGUCUGAUUAUCAGCCUCAUAAGUUAAAUUACUCAGUCGGUUUAGCAGAAGACCCGAACCACAGGACACGAUUUCUAACCAGAAAAAAAGGAGAAAUGCGAAGUUGAACUCUGGAUCUGAAUAGGAAGCUUUUCAUUUUAAACUUAUUUCAUGUUGUGUGGUGUCACAUUACUUUUCCUGUCGAGUGUCAGGCUGCCGGUGUGUUUCUCCAUCCUGAGCCCGUAACACAACUCAUGUUAUUCAAACGUCUUCGUCCUGACAAACAACUGCACUACUUUGAGAGACUUGACUGUGGCACAAGUGCUGUUUUACACAACUAUGAAAAUGAAAAGACGGUCUCAUAAAUAGUUAACAAAAUCCGUGAUCGGCAACUUGGUCUGUUUAAUUCUGAUUGAGAGGAAUUACUUCUAACAACUGUGAUAUAUAAAUGCUACGUAAAUGCAGUCAUUUUACUAUUAAUGUUCGAAGGUAAUACUACUGCUACUAUUUUUCAAAUGUAUGAUGCGAUUUGUAUUCAUUAUAAUAAUAGAAGCAUAUAUUCUUAUUGUUAUGACACAGUCACAGAUGUAUUGCAUUGUAGUAUACAUUGUUCAGUGUGAGAAUUGAAAAUAAAUAGAUCUUGUUUUGAUCUGAUUAAGACAGCCAAGGUAUUGUAUUAACAUAAUAUUGCACAAUGUAAAAAAAAGAAUGUGUCAUUCUCAGGUUGGUCUGCUGCCACAUUGACACAUACUCUUUCUUAACCCCACGAGGACACCAUCUGUGAUAUGAAUAGUCAUCGUCGACCCAGACAAAUUUGCUUGACAGUGAGAUUCUUUGGAGUCAAUUACUUUGCUUUCAAUAAAUCACCUCAAAAUGG